AUGAAGAAAGUCAACUUUGUGUCUGCUGAGGAGAUGGAACCAGUCCAAGAAGGGGAGGAUACACAAUUUGCUGAGGUGUGCUACAUGAGCAAUGGGCAAGGAGGUUACAACAAAGGAUACUAUAAUUACAAGUCCAACCCUGCCAUGUCAUACCGCAACACUGAUGUUGCUAACCCUCAGGACCAAGUCUAUCCUCAACAACAAGCAGCUCGAUCGAGUCAAGCCACAACAUGGCCUGCACCUUCACAAGAGAAUGAGCUCAAGGCAAUGCUAAAGCAACUGCUUCAAGGGCAAGCUGAUGGUGUAGUGGACACAAGCAAGAAGCUAGCUGAAAUAACUCCAAGAUCGAGAAUCUCAACACAAGGGUUUACUCUCUGGAGAAUCAUGCUUCUUCUGUUGCUGCUGCUACAAAGCAAGGACAACUACCUGGCUCCUACUGAUGGCCUUCACACUUCACCAGUUGAGCUCGCACAACAAGCUCGAUCGAUCGAGUCGAACUCUAGCUCGAUCGAGUCCGACCUCUUCUCCCUCAAACCGUUUUGCUUGAUCCUUACCAACCAGUUGCCGCUUCCUCGUCUCGCCUACUUAGUCAAGGUCACAAGGAAGUGA